CGGAAACAGUCUGGACGGAAAAAGAAGAAGAAGAAGAAGAAGAAGAAGAAGAAGCAGUCAGAGAAGUUAGAUGUAGUUUUUUUUUGCAGCGUUUUUUAGAAGAAUCAUAUAUUGUUAUUUUACUCUGUACGUUAUAUGUAUUAAAGCUCAGUGUUUAUCUCAGUUUAACAGCCGUCUCAGUGAACGUUACCGCUCGCUCGCUCAGCUCAGUUUGUAACGUUCCGUUAGUUAACGUUAGUGUUAACGCCACCGGAAGGAAUGCUAACUUAGCACUGUAACUUAGCAACGAAGUUAACGUUAGCGGUGUCAGUUCGCUAACCACAGCUGUCCCAACACGAGGCAAGGAGCUGAUGAUAAUAACUACUAUAUAUUAGAUUAGUAUAUAUUAUUUAGCUGGCUUUAGUUGUGGUAAGCUCACUCACAGUUUCGCAGUGUUGCUAGCUGAGCUACGUUGUCGUUCAGAGAGGGAUAAAUAACGCUAGUGGUGAAAACUGGCUCUCUUUUUCAAAGUUGACGUGUCUGUUAUGAUGAAGUAGCUGUGGAGCUGACGAGCUGCUAUGCACCUGCCGACGAGUCAAACCGACUGACUGACAGACAGUGAGAGACACACACCUAUCUAUCUAUGGUACAGCAGCAGCUAUGAAGGCCCUCGGAUCCAAACUAUCCUUCUGUGCUGGUUUCGUGGUGGGAACCUUCACACUGUACGUGUUUCUGCUGCAUGUGUGGUUUGAGAGGACAGCACGGCCGACCAGCAGCUUGGACAGGCUUCAUGACAACAACCAGCAUGACGAAGAAGAGCUGAACAUAUGGAAGAAGGAGAGGUCUGCUCUGUUCAACAUGAGGCACCCUCAUCAUACAGGUGAGGAUAGCGGCAUGGCUGAUGAACUAUACAAAAAGGUGCGUAUUCUUUGCUGGGUGAUGACUGGACCCAUCAACCUGGAGAAGAAGGCUCGGCAUGUGAAGUCCACGUGGAGUCGCCACUGCAAUGUUGUGGUCUUCAUGAGCUCUGUGGACGACCCUGACUUCCCCACGGUGGGCUUAGAUACAAAGGAGGGUCGGGACCAGCUGUACUGGAAAACGAUCCGGGCCUUCCAUUAUGUCCACGAGCAUUACGGCAAUGAGGCGGAUUGGUUCCUCAAGGCAGACGACGACACCUAUGUAAUCGUGGACAACCUGCGGUGGGUCCUUUCGAACCACACGCCGGACGAGCCGAUUUACUUUGGCCGAAGAUUCAAGCCCUACACCAAGCAGGGCUACAUGAGCGGUGGUGCGGGCUAUGUGUUGAGCAGAGAGGCUCUACGGCGAUUUGUAGAAGGAUUUAAAAACAAACUGUGCUCCCACACUACCUCUGUAGAGGACCUGGCAAUGGGGCAGUGCAUGGAGAAAGUUGGGGUGUUGGCAGGGGACUCCAGAGACACUGAGCACAGGGAAACAUUUCACCCAUUUGUCCCCGAGCAGCACCUCACUGCCAAGUUUCCCAAGAGCUUCUGGUAUUGGAGCUACUGCUACUAUCCCAUCUCAGAGGGUCCAAACUGCUGCUCGGACGUGUCGGUGUCAUUCCACUACGUAGAUGCUUCACACAUGUAUUUAUUGGAGUACUACACGUAUCACCUGCGUGCCUUUGGCUACAGAUACCGUUACCAGCCCCCCACGCCGGUAGGCUACAAUAUUGAGCAGUCAAGUUCCCGGGAUGCUGCAGAAGGAAAAAAAGAGCAGACUAUUAAGGAGAAAGGGCAAGGAAAGGGGGAUGAUCCAUCCAGGACUGACGAGAGACAGGAUGCAGAUCCCCCUCCUGCCGCUGGUAAGGACCCUCCUGCUGCUCCAGCAGGAAAAUAACAGUACGACUGUAUGGGUGCGUGAAGGGAACUCAUCUCAUUAGACAGGGGGAAUGUGUGUUCAGAGUGUUAUUCAUUCUGAUAAUCUUUGCUCAGAUUUCUACAAAAGUAGAAAAAGAGUCCACUUUGAUUUGUCCCGAAGCUGAAGGACUGCUACUGAUGUGAACUGACUACAAGACUGGUCUUAAGGCUAAGAAGUGAUUUGUGACUUCUACUCGUUUUCUUCUGGUUUGUUUGGUGGUUUUUAACAACCAAAUAUCUUCUUUCUGUGCAUUAAUUUGUAAACUAACUAAAGCACCUUUUUAAUACACAUCAACCUAGUAUGGGAACCAACUAUCUUCCAGAGCCAGGUGAAUUAGAUUUUGACAGUGUUUUUUCCUUUUCUUGACUUUUACAAACCCACCAAAACAACUUGAACUACCACUCUACAGCGAGGAAGUUGUUUGACUUCAUUUCUCACAGAUAUUUCCAUACAUGCCUCGGGAGCCAAUGAGACCCAAUUAUGUGUCUUGAGCUGAUAAGACAGCAGUCAGAUAUAAAUUUUAAAUGAAAUUCAAAUCAAAGUGCCUCAUCUUGUACACCUUGUAAUCUGACACAGGCAGUUCUUUUGAGCAUACUGUGGUCAACCAGUUUCACAGUUGGCUGCCUCCCAAACUUUUCAGACUGCAUUCAGAAGCAUUUUCUCGAUACAGGAACGUACAUGUUCGGUGUAGGAAUAAAUUCUUUUUAUUUGGUUGUAUGCUGCAGUAGCUGUAAGUGAUUUCAUAUGAAGAAAGUUUUAAGUACACGACUAGGGCUGCAACUAACUUUUCUUUUCAUUACUUUUUUAUCUGCCGUUCAAUUUCUUGAUUAACUAGUUCGGUCCAUAAAAUGUAAAAAAAAAAAAAAAAGAAGUAAAAAAUGCCAAUUAUGAUUUCCUAAAGUCUUCAAAUAGCUUGUUUUUUCCAAAAUGUCAAUCAAAAACCACGCUCACUGACUACAGUGCAGGCAAAUGUCUGCACAAAGUCGAGAGUGUUUGAUAGGGCGGAAGUAACAAACGUGAUCAGAACAAUAAAUGCCAGCUGGGUGUUGUGAAUGAUGAAUGGUCAGCAGUUGAUUAUCAGAGUCACACUGUUUCAAAUAAAAUGUCAAUCAUUUUCAUCUUA